UCUCUUCUGUGUUUCGUUCAAGAAGAUGAUGUUAAUUACUACAAGUGUUGGUGAGUGUGACCAUUCCUUAGCCUUGAGAACUCCACCUGACAUAACAAGCAUCAAAAAAUGGUUUCUGUUGGGAGAUAUCCAGUAGGUUGUUGACAAUUGUAAGGAACUAACAUCGCCACAGUACAUACCACCUCUAUUCAUGACACGCGGCUCAAGUACACCGAUUUCCUGCAACUCUUUAUUUCUCUCUCUCUCUCUCUCUGUUGCUUCUUGUAUUAUUCAAUUCAAUUUGUUCUAGUUGCUCCUCUUUGGUACUAGUACCUGCUAGAACCAGAAGAAGUAGCAUUGUGAGCUGUAUUCUAGUCCUUUUAUUGUCUCUCUCUCUUUCUCUUUCUCAGGUUUUUGUUUUUUGGUUUUUCCUCUUCUUUUUCUUCUUCUUCUCCCUCCUCUCACCAUACACCAUAGCUAGCCGCUGCUUCCUCCCUUGGCUGUUUCCACUGCAGAGUCCUGCAAUGAAAUAGAUUGAAAGUUUAGCAAAAAACAGAGGAUUUUAUAACCCAUUCAUUAGUAUCCAUGGAUAAGUCUGGAAAUCAAGUACCAAAACAGGAACAAGAGCGCCAACCAACAAGGGAAGAUGCAUCAAGUCCGGAAUUUGAACAAGAAACUGAAAUGGAGGCUUCAGAUUCUCCAAGGCCCGAGGGUCCUCCUAGCUUCUCUGGUCCUCAGCACCAACUCUCUUACCCACCACAAGUGCAGCAUUUCCAUCAGCAACAGCAACAACAACAGCAGCAGCUUCAGGUUUUUUGGUCCAACCAGAUGCAAGAUAUUGAACAUGUAAAUGACUUUAAGAACCACACCCUCCCACUUGCUCGGAUCAAGAAAAUCAUGAAAGCUGACGAAGAUGUUAGAAUGAUAUCAGCUGAAGCUCCUGUUGUAUUUGCAAAAGCCUGUGAGCUGUUCAUCUUGGAGUUGACUCUUCGUUCAUGGAUUCACACGGAGGAGAACAAGCGGAGAACACUCCAGAAGAAUGACAUUGCCGCUGCCAUAACAAGGACUGACAUAUUUGAUUUCUUGGUUGAUAUUGUCCCUAGGGAUGAUCUGAAGGAGGAUGCUACUCUCGGGUUUCCGCGACCUGCUGAGCCUCUUCCUUACUAUUUUAUCCCACGAGUCCCACAACAUCCAUCGCAGGUGGGUCACCCAGUUUUGACUUAUGAUGCUGGCGCUGCACAUCAACCUCGGCCUCCACUAGCUGCUGCUUUUAUGCCAUGGGCACAGCCUCCACCACAGCAGCAGCAGGGCCAGCAGCAACCACCACAACCUCAACCACAACAAACUGAUGCCUGAGCCUUGUACUAACGGGAUGACGCAGUGACCACCACAUCAACAUCCAAGUCUUUUUUUGUGCCUCUGAAUUGUAUACAAUUCUAAGGCUGUGUUUUAAUUUGUGAUAGAACUUAAAUAGUUGUCAUACUUGUAUCUAUGGUAUUUAGUAGUAGUAGCUAACCUUAGUUGAACUUUAAAUUUCAGAAAACAAGAACAUGUAAUUGCUUCUUAAUUUCUCGCAAGCCUGUUUGUUGGAAAUGAUUUGGCUUUUGU